AUGGAUAAAAGACAGCUAAUCGGAAGUGCUACGCGAUACAUUGCUGGAGGACAUGCUGUUCAGACUGUGUACUGGAGGAAGUCAGCAGAUGGGCGAAACGGUCUUGUCAAAACUACCAAAUUAACAUUUUUAGGGAACAAAGGUCCUGAUAAAAUUAAGGGUGGAGAAAUGUUUGCAAGAGUCCGCGAUAAAUACGACAUGCAGAAUUCCUCGCAAUGUUUCCUUCACUGCCGAGCACUCAUCAGCACCUAA